AUGGCAUUUCGGAAUGAUGCUCUUUCUUCAGUUCUUAGACGUUGUCUGGAAACGGGUUCGAAUGGUACUAGGCAAGACUCGGUACAAGAAAUGAAAAGGCCAUUGCGCUCUCAAUCCUUGAAACACCGGCAACGUCCGGCUAUAGAAAUUAAACGGUGCGCACAGAAUGAGCAACAGAAGGAGAGAAGACGUUCUACUCCAAACAUUUCGCGGAGAUUUAGCUUCAGUCAACGGAAUCGAAAUGAAUCAAUGCGUACCGAUGUUUGGCCCGAACCAAAAUCCAGCGUUAUUGAGGAACGUUUUUUGAGGUUACCUGAUUCUGAAGAUUAUACAAGAGUACGACAAUUUAAAAUCGAUGAAAAAGGUGCUGUUGUUAGCCGAGGAGAUUCAUUUCGAUUAAAGAAGAUGAGCAAAAUAUCAGAACACAGAAACUCGCCGAGACCCAGAGAUUCGGAAAGUAUUUCUUAUGAUCCUAAUUCGAGAGCCGGUAGUACAAGUAGUAAUGAUGGUAAAAUUUCCAAUGAUAGUCCAACGACAAGCCAUCAUUACAAGAUUUAUAUAGUCGGGGCUGUAGGCACUGGUAAAUCUGCUUUAAUCGGACAGUUCAUUACUUCGGAAUAUCGAAAUACUUUUGCCACAGAAAUAGAAGAAUACGAUAAUUUUGUCUCAGUUAAUAUUGGCGGCCAGGAAAGUGAAUUAACAUUUUAUGAAGCAGAUUCAAAUGACGAUUCGUGGCUUUAUUCGGAUGUUAAUUUGUAUUUGUUGUUGUACAGCAUAGAUUCUCGUGGAAGUUUAAGAGAAGUUCUUUCCAUACUGAAAAGAUUAAGGGAAUUUGAAUCAACAAAGCAUAAGCCAGUUGUCAUAACUGGAAAUAAAGCUGAUUUGGAAAGGAAACGUUCAGUAAAGAAAGGAGAUGCCAAAAACGCCAUUUUGACUUACGGAGUUCCACACUAUGAAAUAUCUGUUGCAUUAAAUCAUCACGUCGAUGAAUUACUCGUCGGUUUAAUAGCUGAGAUACGGGAAUCGAGUAAGCCGAAAAGGAAAAGUAACUCCAGCAUCGAGAAUGAGCCGUCUAAUUCAAAUAGCGAAGAAGAAGAACCGUCAGAUUUUCAUGCUGCAAUUCGUCGAUUCUCACGACGAAGAAUGCUCGAGAUGGGUGUCGAUUCUGAACUCGAGGAAAAUAAGUGUGCCAAUUUAAAACCAUUGAAUUUAAUCGAUCGGUUUCGAAGUUGGCGACGAUCUUUGCCAAAAUCCAAACCAUGA